UUUGUGUUGGGCGUCCAUGGUCGACAUGUCUGCCACCGUGUAAGAAACUGUGGUUAUUAGUGGAGGUCACAUUCCUAUUUUUGCUGGACUUCUACCGAAUUUUAAGUGGUUUAUUUGUUGAUCCAAUGGAGAAGGAAAUAUCUGUGUCCUGUGGCUACUGCCUCGCCUUUUUUUUCCUGUUCCUCCACACCAUCAACGGAGAUGUGAGCUACUCUAUACCAGAAGAGAUGAAACGUGGAUCUGUAAUUGGAAAUAUCGCCAAGGAUUUGGGACUUGGUUUGAGCCAGUUAUCUGCUCGUAAGGCACGGAUUGAUCCCGAGGACAACAACGUUCAGCACUGCGGCAUCAACCUCAACACUGGUGACUUGAUUGUUCAGGAGAGGAUUGACAGAGAAGGGCUUUGUGGCAAAAAGGCUUCAUGUGUUCUUAAACAAGAAUUUGUGCUUGAAAAUCCAUUAGAGCUGCAUCGUAUUAAUAUUCGUGUUGUCGAUAUUAAUGAUAAUUCACCACAGUUUAAUGAGGAUUCACUAAAAUUAGAAAUCCAUGAAUCAGCGGUCAGGGGGGCUAGCUUUCUUCUCGGGGAAGCACAUGAUGGAGACAUAGGAGAAAAUGCUGUUCAAAGCUACACUUUGCAGCAGAAUGAUCAUUUCAAAUUAAAUGUAAACAAUAAACCGGGUGGACGGAAGUACUGUGAAUUGGUCUUAGACAAAGAAUUAGAUAGAGAAGAUAAAAAAGACAUCAUGCUCUCUCUGACUGCAUAUGAUGGCGGCUCUCCUCAGAGAUCAGGUACAGUAGUCAUACAUGUCACUGUGCUGGAUGCUAAUGAUAAUGUACCAGUGUUUAGUCAGACAGUCUAUAAAGCCAGUCUGCCUGAAAACUCUCCUCUUGAUACAUUGGUGAUCACAGUGAGUGCAAGUGAUGCAGAUGAAGGAUUAAAUAGUGAAAUUACAUAUGCAUUUGAUCAUGUUUCUGAUGACAAUAUUAAUGUAUUUACAUUGCAUCCCAAAACUGGAGAUGUAAGAGUGGCUGGUGUUGUUGAUUAUGAGAAAAUGUCAUCAUAUGAAAUGCAAAUAAGUGCUAAAGAUGGUCUUGGAUUAGUGUCAUAUUCAACAUUAAUUAUUGAUCUUACUGAUGUAAAUGACAACUCUCCUGUGAUUAACUUAAAGUCACUGGCUAAUCCAGUACCAGAGAAUGUGUCACCUGGUACAGAGGUGGGCAUCAUUCAUGUUCAGGACAGAGACUCUGAGAUGAACGGACAAGUCCGCUGCUCCAUUCAACAAAAUGUCCCCUUUAAGUUAGUUCCUUCUAUUAAAAACUAUUAUUCUCUGGUGACUACUGGACAACUGGACCGUGAACUAGUGUCUGAUUACAACAUUACAAUCAGUGCCACUGACGAGGGCUCUCCUCCUCUGUCCUCCUCUAAAAGUCUUCACUUAUCUGUAGCAGACAUCAACGACAACCCACCUGUGUUUGAGGAACAGUCCUACAGUGCAUAUGUGAGUGAAAAUAACAAAGCUGGAUCCACUUUAUGUUCCGUUAGUGCUCGAGACUCCGACUGGAGACAGAACGGUACCGUGAUUUAUUCUCUGUUAGCUGCUGAGGUGAACGGUGCCCCGGUGUCCUCCUAUGUGUCUGUUAACGGAGACACAGGUGUGAUCCACGCUGUCAGGUCAUUUGAUUAUGAACACUUGAGGAGUUUUAAAGUCCACAUCAUGGCCAGAGACAACGGUUCUCCUCCGCUGAGCAGCAACGUGAGCGUCAGUGUGUUCAUAUCGGAUGUGAAUGACAACUCUCCUCAGAUACUGUACCCCUCCCCAGAGGGUAACUCCUUCAUGACAGAGCUGGUCCCCAAAGCUGCACACGGAGGCUCUGUGGUGUCCAAAGUGAUAGCGGUGGACGCAGACUCUGGACAGAACGCCUGGCUGUCCUAUCAUAUAGUCAAGUCCACUGAUCCGGGACUUUUCACCAUCGGUCUCCACAGUGGAGAGAUCAGGACCCAGCGGGACAUUUCUGAAUCUGACAGCAUGAAACAGAACCUGAUUGUGGCAGUGAAAGAUAACGGACAGCCCCCUCUCUCUGCCACCUGCUCCAUGUAUUUACUUAUUUCUGACAACUUGGCUGAGGUGCCAGAACUGAAGGACAUUUCUUAUGAGGAGAAGAAUUCCAAACUGACGUCUUAUCUGAUCAUCGCGCUGGUGUCUGUGUCCACCUUCUUUCUGACCUUCAUCAUCAUCGUCCUGGGUGUGAGGUUUUGUCGCAGGAGAAAGCCCAGACUGUUGUUUGAUGGAGCAGUUGCCAUCCCCAGCGCGUAUCUGCCUCCUAAUUACGCAGAUGUUGACGGCACAGGAACUUUACGCAGCACCUACAACUAUGACGCCUACUUGACAACAGGUUCUAGAACCAGUGACUUUAAGUUUGUGUCUUCUUACAAUGACAACACGCUGCCUGCUGACCAGACUCUGAGGAAAAGUCCUUCCGACUUUGUUGAUGAGCUUCAUGAUUCUUUCGACCCUUUGGAGGUAGGACCCUUUGACAAUUUAGACCAGAUUUUUCCAGUUAAAAUGUUAUAUUUUACAUACACAAAUAUUUAUCUUAUCUGUUUUGGUCGUUUCAUCAUACACUCAAAUAAUCUCUCAGUACAAAUUUUAAUGUUUGACAUAUCAAGGUUUGUCUUCAAUUAAGAUUUUUUUUAUUCGUUUUAUGUGCUUCCAUGUCAAAUAACCUUUUGUUCCUCCUCACUCGGACUUUUUUGCAUUCAUAUUUCUGACAGAAAAGCUCAACGCUUGAGUUUUUUGUUUAAUUCAAAAUGUUUGGGAGGUCAGAUGUCAAAAGGGUGUCGUCGGCUUACAAUCUCUUUUUUCUGAUGCUAAUAUUUGGCCCUCUUCAUCAGUUUUAUAUCAAACUCACCCAAGAAUGCUUCAAUGUUCCAUGCUUGGUCUUGCUGGACCUGUACAGGACACCCCUUUGUUUUUAGUUUAAUAAAACAUUGGAAACAUGGUCUUGUAUUGUCUUAAAAUGGUCUUAAGACAAUAAGUAUGUUAUGAGAUUAUAGGAUCCAAUUCAAACUUAGACAAAUUAAUUAUAUUUUAGAUCAAGGGCUACAUGUACAGUUGUGUUGUUAUAGUGUUGUUGUUCUUUCAUUGUUGAAGCGAAUUAGUGAGUUAUAUUUAUAUAGCGCUUUUCUCCAGUGACUCAAAGCGCUUUACAUAGUGAAACCCAAUAUCUAAGUUACAUUUAAACCAGUGUGGGUGGCACUGGGAGCAGGUGGGUAAAGUGUCUUGCCCAAGGACACAACGGCAGUGACUAGGAUGGCGGAAGCGGGACUCGAACCUGCAACCCUCAAGUUGCUGGCACGGCCACUCUACCAA